AUGAUGGACCUAGACUGGCCUAUGGAUACGUUUCUGCGUCCAAACCAUCCGGCACCUUCACAGUCAGUAGGAUCAACAACUCCUGAGGGGCCAUUCCAGUUCACAGCCGGCAGGCGUCGGCGCAAUGACAGUAUCCACAAGGACGACGUGGAAAUGAUUACGGAACCUUUGUACGCAGACUUGGACGAGCAAGGAAACUCAGUCAUUCGCCCAGGCUUCUCUUCGUGGCUGUCAGCUCUCCCUGAUCCCAUCAGCCCGAUCGAGAGGUACCAGCGCGAGUUGAAAUCGUACCCCACGGGAGUUGUGCGGCUGGCCAAGCGACGAAGAGAUGAGUUUGAAGGCGGCCAUGUUGGCAAGCCUGCCCACGCUGUGUAUGUGGGAGGUCGACCGGGAACUCCAGCGGAUGGGGUUAUUCAUCGAGUCGACUGUGCAAAGACCACAAGAGAGCAUGUAAAAUACCUCGGAUCUCUCAACUCGGGUAUCAUCCAUAGGGAGCGGCCUCCUGUGGUUCAAUACUCUUUGCCACGUGAGGGCGAUGUCCAGCGGCCCAUUGUUUGGAAGAAGCCAUACGAUGAGCAGCAACAGCAGCAACAGGAGAGCCAAGAACACCUCAAGCGGAAACAGCCCUCCCAAGAAAAGCAACGUCACAGAAAGCUGCAAAAAAAGCAGCCCGAGCAGCUGCCAAUGGAUCUUGAUAACGACAAUGACCAAAACAAGCAUGCGCAAGAACCACCUAGAAAGCUAGCACGCCUCAAUAUACUCACAAGAGCCUUUUCCAGACGAAGCCGCAAGAGUUCAACAGCAAGUAACCACCCCGGUGGAUCGGAUUUGGAGCGCCCAGGAACGUCACUGGGCGAUGUCUUCUUCUCAUCACGUCGACGUUCCACCUUUCAAGGCGGCGCCGAUGUUAGCCCACGCCGACUAAGUCUGAAUCUCAACAAGCUCACGGAGUCAGAUCGGUCAGCAACGCCAAAUGGGGCUAGCAACCGGACAAUCCAUGGCCUCUCAUCGCGCCUGAGUUCAAUGUUCACCGUUGACGCGCCUCCGCCGAUGGAGGAUGACCGGCCCAGGGUUCUUAGCCCACAGGACACCCAAUCUGGAGACUACCGCAUGCAGAUUGCCCUUGUCGGAGAUGCGACUGUUGGAAAAAGCAGUUUGAUCAAACAAUUCCUCGCUGCCCACUUUGACAAAGAGUACAAUCCCACCAACAAAGACCUGCACUUGGUCCUUCUCCCAUGUGGCGGAGGAACCUCCUGCCGCCUAGAGCUACACGACUGUGGUGGCGGUCAGGAAGAGAGUGACAUUAGCUAUCUUGCUCAGAGUUGGUGGGACGCAAUUGUCAUUUGCUAUUCGAUUGGUGACUCGGCCUCGUUAUCUUCCUGUACAACUCGUUGGAUAGAUGAUGCUCGCAAAAAUGCGGAGGGUGUGCCGGUUUUUCUUGCAGGCCUAAAGAGUGACCGCCGAAGGCCUCAUCUCGAACUUGCAUUUAUCCCGGAGUGCAAAAUUGUUUCACGCUAUGAUGGCGAGGAGGCGGCACGAGCUAUUGGUGCCGAGCGAUACCUUGAGUGCUCCGCUAAAAGUUGUGAAGGUGUCGAAAACCUUUUCAGAGCUGUGGUAAGCAGCUCUUUGCCACGUGUAAUCGAGAACACUCGGCGCGCUUCAGAUCGACACCAUAUCUACAAGCCGAAAGCCGAGAUGCUCUACGGAACCGGACGCAAGAUCAAGGACUUCAUUCGUACUACCAGAGAUGAGAGGCCUAGUACAUCAUAG